CCAACUAGACGCAGCCGGUUCUGUGUGAAUGGCGAAAUAAAAUUGGAGCCAAAAAUAAUAUUUUCUUCUUGUUCGAUUGUUAAGCCUUUUCCCGCGCCCCCGCCAUGACCAACAACGCUUAACCCAAUUUCCCCAAAAGAACGACAACUGUUCUCCGAAAACCCGGAAGUGUUACCCGUUUCAACACAUGUACGAGAUCCAACAUCCUGUCAUCAUCAACAACAACUACAACGUGGUGGACAUACUGCAUCCGGAGAACAUCGAAUUUGAUGGGCCGUCUGCGGCGCGAAAGAUGAUAAUUGGUUCGUUCUCGAUGUUCGUGAUCUUCUCGUACCUGCAGCUCUUCUACAUCCUGGUGGCCAUCUAUUUGGCCCUGCACCACGCACACCAUUGA